AUGACAGCUCAGCCCUUCGUCGUAGUCGCAGGUGUAGGACCUGGAACGGGUGCAUCAGUCGCCCGGCGAUUUGCCAAAGCUUACCCGGUUGUGCUCCUAGCCCGGGGUGCCGACAAAUUCGAGAAUCUUGCGAAAGAAAUCAACGAUCAAGGAGGCAAGGCCAUCGGCAUCAGUGCGGACGUGUCGAAUGCAGAAAGCCUGACCUCUGCUUUUCAGCAGAUUGAGAAAGCGUUUCCAGGAGCAGCAGCCGCCGCGGCUGUGUUCAAUGCCGCUGGUGGCUUCGUCCGCAAACCUUUCUUGGAGCUUACCGAGAAGGAAUUCACGUCCGGGUGGGAAGUGAGCCAGAAAGGAGGAUUCCUCUUCUCGCAGCACGUUCUCCCGUUCCUGCUCAAACACGCCAAAGAUUCGUCAGCUCAACAUCCACCGACACUGAUCUUCACCGGUGCCACCGCCGGCAUAAAGGCGAAUGCACUUAUGGCUACCUUCGCCAGUUCCAACUUUGCAAAACGGGCUCUCGCGGCGUCUAUCGCGAAAGAAUUUGCUCCUCAAGGUGUGCAUGUGGCGUGGGCGAAUAUCGAUGGUCCAAUUGAUAUCCCGGGAAGGGACGACUAUCGCAAGAACUUGCCGGCUGAGCAGAAGAUCAACCCAGAUGAUAUCGCAGAGACGUAUUGGAGUUUGCAUACGCAGAGUAAGCGGGCUUUUACGAAUGAGAUUGAUAUCAGGACGAGUUUGGAGAAGUGGUAG